UGAGCCAGAUUUUGCUGGUGAUGUCCAUCGUGGCGUCUGUAUCACUGAAGGAGGUGUGCUAUAAUCGUCUCGGCUGCUUCUCGAAUGAUACACCCUUUGCUUGGACUCUGCAGAGACCCAUCCCCCGCUUACCCUGGUCUCCAGAGACGAUUAAUGCUCGAUUCCUGCUCUACACCAGAGACAACCUCAGAACCUACCAGGAGAUCAGCGCUGUUAAACCUGAAACCAUCAAAACAUCCUUUUUCCGGAAGACUAAAGAAACGCGAUUUAUCAUUCAUGGAUUUACUGACAGCGGCGAGGCUGAAUGGCUGUCUGACAUGUGCAAGGCCAUGCUGCAAGUGGAGGAUGUGAACUGUAUCUGCGUGGAUUGGCAGGGCGGCUCUGUGGCCCUCUACACGCAGGCCUCAAAUAAUAUCCGUGUCGUGGGGGCUGAAGUGGCCUAUUUCGUUAAAACUCUAAAGGACAUUUUUAACUAUUUGCCAUCCAAUGUUCACCUUAUUGGACACAGUCUGGGGGCACACACCGCGGGAGAAGCUGGGAAGAGGCUCCCCGGGAUUGGUAGAAUAACUGGACUGGACCCCGCUCAGCCAUACUUCCAAGACACUCCAAUCGAGGUCAGACUAGACCCAUCAGAUGCUCUGUUCGUUGACGUCAUUCAUACUGAUUCAAGUCUAUUGCUGUUGAAUCUUGGAUAUGGAAUAAGCCAAAAUGUUGGCCACCUGAACUUCUUCCCGAAUGGAGGAAAACAAAUGUCGGGAUGUCAAAAAUCUAAAAUCUUUGUAAGCCCAAACAUUGAUGACAUUUUGGAUGUAACAAGUAAACUGGUGGCCUGCAAUCACAUACGUAGCCAUGAAUAUUACACACACACUAUUCUCACUCCUGAUGGAUUCCUCGGAUACCUCGCAGCCUCCUACAAUGCCUUCCAGCAGGGUGCCGGCUUCCCAUGUCCCAGCAAGGGUUGCCCAAUGAUGGGGCAUUAUGCAGUCAAGUAUUCUGGAAUCACAUCAGUCCCUCAGACAUUUUAUUUAAACACCGGAGAUCUUAAAGACUUUCCCCGCUGGAGAUACCGAAUCACUGUUUACACUUUUGGCAGUCUGGUUGUUUUUGGAUCCUUUUUCUUGUCCUUAGAAGGAGCUAAUGGAAAGACUAAAGAUUACACAUUAUACAGGGGAUUGAUUACAACGGGCACAUCAUACACAGCGUUUAUUGAUGCUGAGAUUAAUGUUGGACAAAUAAGUAAGGUGACAUUUGUGUGGAAUGGUUCCAAGCUUGUGCGUCUAGGUGCCUCCUCUGUGACGGUGCAGUCUGGGAAGGAUGGAGCCACAUACGUUUUCUGUAGCAGUGCCUCCGUGUCACCAGGAACCCCCCAGAUUCUCAGUCUGUGCUAACCACUGAAAUCUCCACCCAACCACAAGAUGGCGCUUUUCUACCCAUUUAUCCCAAUAAAUAUUUAAUGCAAGAAA